AUGACGGAUCUCGCCGAGGAAGUGGGCGUGCUGCAGCUCAACAUGACCAACGUUGAAGCGGUUCACGAGAGUCUGCACAGCUUCAACGAGAACUUUGCCAUGUACAUCUACGGUCUCAAGAUGAACGCAUACUGCGUCGAGUGGCCCGAAGCGCCGCGCUACGAAAACUUUGAUCGAGCAGAGAAGCGCAUCGCUCAACAGGCACAGCAGUACGCCGCACAGCAGAACUUGGACGUGGCCUCGCAGACGUACAUGCAGCAGCAAAUGUCGCACCAGCAGCAGCAGCAACAGCAGAUGUACAACCCAGCAGCAGAUCAGACCUACGUCACCACCGACGACGAAAGCAUCUACCGCAACGACGCACCCAUCGCUGCACCAGCCAAGCCUGCGCUCAAGUCGGCACUCAAAAAGACGUCCAACGCUGCAACGACCGGCGCUGCUGCCAAAAAACCAGCCCCAUCAGCAGCGGCAGCAGGAGCUGCGAAACCAAAGAUGACACUGGCGCAAAAGAAGAAGCGCGAAGCAUACAGCGACGAGAUCAUCGAAACGCUUCCACUCGAGUAUCGAAGCGGCAACGAACCCAAGCAGAACGCCAUCGCCAAGCACGUCUGCAUGGCGCUCCUCGCUGCCGGAGGCAAAGGGCUGAGGAUCGCCGACAUCGUCAAGACGCCCGAGAUGUCGCAGGCUAAGAUCAACAAGACGCUCAUCGCUCUGGUGGCUGCUAAGCAUGUGGUCAAGGAGAGCGGCGGUGUGUACAGUCUCGACUCGGCUAGGCAUCCAACGCUGCCUUAA